AUGGAAAAUCGUUUUCAUAAAUAUUUUAUGCUGGACAUGAUCAGCAGGGAUCAUCGAGAUGAACAUAGAAAAUUCUUUCUCUUGUUCGCUUCUUCAACAGUCUCAUGUGGAAUAAAUUAUUCACAACAAAAUCUGAAGGGAGUUAAAGAUGAAGCAAUGAAGCUUAAGCCCCAAAACUUUUCGUCGCUAAAACUUUUCUGUUUGCUUGCAACAAAAGACAAAAAAAAAAAAUGGACAGCUUCAAUGCUAAUGAAGAUUGGAAGAAUGGCUUUCGCAAUGAUUUCUAAAUGUGUCGACAUUGUGAUCUACGACAAUAGCAAUUAA